CAGGUGGAAAGGAGGGAGUUCUCUCGCUCUUCAAAAGGCAGAAUGCUAAAUAAGGGCUUUGGUUGGCCGGACUAAGCAUAUUUGAGCGUGGCGAGGUUCGAAUAGCGCUGGGAAACGGUUCACCUGCAAAGAGCUCCCUUACUGCACCAGUGCUUGGCACGAGAGGGCGGUAUAGGAUGACAGUGCGGUAUAAAAGCAUGUCUCAGAAAGGGACAAAAAAGGGAGGAGCGCCCUCACCCAGAGCGAGCACGUCGUCAAACACCCCCUCUGCACACGGGACCCCUGGGCGCUCUGCGCUCCGCCAGCCCAAGUCAGGAGAAAAUGGUAGCAGCUCCAAGAGCGGCAGGAGCCACAGCCAGGGCUCUGUAGCAGCCGUCUACCUGUCCUACCUCAAUACUCUCUUUGGACAGGAUAGGGAGCUGAUGCCUGAGGAGUUGGAUGAGCUGCAGGUGGCCUUUAAGGAGUUUGACUACGAUGGGGAUGGCUUCCUGCAUUACAAGGACGUGGCCGACUGUAUGAGGACCAUGGGAUACAUGCCCACUGAGAUGGAGCUCAUAGAGAUUAUACAGCAGAUCAAGAUGAAAUGGGGCGGUCACGUGGACUUUGAUGAUUUCUGUACUGAGCUGAUGGGCCCUAGGAUGCUGGCUGAGACGGCUCACAUGAUGGGGAUGAGGGAGGUACGCAGUGCUUUCAAACAGUUUGACAGCGACGGGGACGGGCGCAUCACCUUGGAGGAGCUGAAGGACAGCAUGAAGGCUCUGCUGGGCGAGAAGCUGAAGAAGGGGGAGCUGGAGGAGAUCCUCCAGGACAUUGACCUCAACAAGGACGGUGGAAUAGACUUCGACGAGUUUGUCAUGAUGCUGUCAUCGCGGUAGCCUGCCUCAUCCAUCAAGCAAACAAACUAACAACAUGCACUGGAUGAGGUCUGGAUCACCAAACAAGUGAUAUCAUUCUUAUGUGUCACUUCCCUGUAGUAUUGUGCAUAAUUUCUGUAUGAAAUUAUUUUGCAUAUUCAUCAGAUUUAGAUCUGAAUGCUUUUGUAGUGUAUAGAGGUAGAUUGUAAGAUAUCAAUUCAGGUCAAAUUGUUGCCUUUAUUGAUUUUUUUUUUACAAUAAAACUGGUUUAAGCAAUGCAGCAGAGGGCGAAGGGUGAGUUAUGAAACAAGACUAGUGUUUCAUAUCCGCUACAUAGCAGUGGUGAGUCUAUGUCGCCACCUUCUGGAAGCAUUCUGAACAACCAAUAGAACAGAUUGUAUGUUAUGGUAGAGUAGUGUGUAAUAAUGUGUUGUGUUAUGUAUUGUUUUAUUGUAUGUAAAUUGUGAUUGAAC